AUGGUGGUCGCGAGGCAAGUAGUCGCUGAGAGCCGUACAGAAAUCCCAAGAGAAGGCUGCAUUACUGCCGCUGUGUGGCUGAUUGCACCAGACAGUGCAAUGGCCCCCGGCAUGGAGAUCGACGCUGCCAAGUUUGAUGCGGAGAUAGGAAGCUUGCAGCAGCUGCCCGCGGCAAUGAACAACAACGGGAACCUGUUCAGGCCCCUUUCCAGCAACGUCUAUGUUGAGGAGGUGGAGAAGCUCAGGAGUGCUGGCAAGAUUGCCCCGAUGACCAUCUUGUACGACCCCAACAAGACGCUGCUCCACCUGUUCGCGUGGAGCAGCACGGUGACCAAAAUCGUGUUCAGCAGCCCCUUCUUCUGGCUUCUGAUGACAAUGAACGUUGUGCUGAGCAUCGUUUACUACACCGCGCUCGGCAACUCGGAGAGUGUCGACUUCUUUGUGGACGCGCAUGGCUGGCCCUGGAUGAGCAGCUUCAUCUACGGUUUCUUCGGCGGGCUCGUCACCUUCAUGGUCGUCAUUCACGCGGGCGACUGCUAUGCCAGAUUCUUCCAGCAGUACAACACGGUGCGCGCUAUCGAGAUCAACAUUAACACCGUGAUCAACAUCCUGCGCACGCACCUGCCCAACGAUGUCUUUGACGGCGCCAACGAGCUGCGUGCGACUGUUGCGCGCUGGGUAGUGGCACAGGUGUAUCUGGGUUUCGGCUGGCUGCCGUCGUACCGCGAGAACGGCGUCGACGAGUGGGCGUGGGCCAAGGUCAACGAGUACGGCCUCAUCAGCGCUUCAGAUAGGGAGGCGCUCAUGAAGGUGCCCGUUGGGGAGUACCCCAUCACCGAGAUCACGACGAGCUGCAGUCAGCUGCUGUGGGAGUACGUGAAGGCGGGCAAGAUUGGCGAUAACGUGGCGGCGGAGCUGGGGGGCCAGAUGAGGGACAUCCAGAAUAACUUCUUCGCCCUUUAUGCAACCACCGAACAGCCGGUGCCGUUUGCGAUGUACCACUACAUCAGCCUGGUAAACAAUUUGUGGCUGCUCCUGUUGGCGUACCAGUGGAUCUUCUACAGCUACUACUGGGGCAUCUUCGCGUGCUUCCUCAACGUCUACGCCUUCCUCGGCCUGCGCGAGCUCGCCAACAACCUCGCCGAGCCCUUCGGCAGCGACGAGAGCGACAUCCCGGUGUUCGAUUUCGUGGUCAAGUGGCACACCCGGGUCGACAACUUCAUCCACCUGCCCGUCAAGUUUGGCGAGCCGCUGAUCUCCCGUCAUGAGAGUGGAGUAUCACAAUGAAAACACCUCGAUGCCUUUGAUUAGUUGCCCUAGUUCGUUAGGUUUAGAUAGGGGAACAAACACUUAAUCGACGGUCCAAAAGGUAGUGCUUCGAUUUGGUUGAGGUCUUCACUUUUGUUGGUAACUAUAGGUGCUAGUGAUACAGGGGCUAUCUAAUUGCGACGGCCACAAGUGUCGUCAGUUGGUUCAUGAUCGUAGCAUUUAUGAGGCUAAAGUUCCAUGGAAGCCCACGGUCCGGAUGCGGUAGAGAUAGAUGUUACAAACGGUUGCUUUUUGGUUUGAGGUUUGGAAAUCCAUGCCCGUAUCUCUAAUGUGCGACAGUAUACCUCUACUGCCAAGUUGCGCUGAUAUAGCACUUCUGGGCGUUGUCAACCUCCUUCAUGGUAUUAGUGCCUUGUCAAC